UUCAGCAGAAUCAGUGAAGUGGAAAAUGUAAAGCAAUGAUAUUGUGGACUUUUGUCCCCACUCUGUAGUACGAUUCUGCAUUGAUUUUUUGUUCUCUCUCUAGAACGAAUUGCUCUUUUCCAUGAGGGACAUUGAGUAAAUACCGACUCACAAAGUACACAAUAAUCUCUCUGCCUGGGCCACGGUGGGUAGGUAAAGCAGACAGAGAGGUGUCGAUCGUACGCCCUGGUUGGACUCUGGACUCUGGAUACUUGGGUUUCUUUUGACAAGAAUGGCGGGGGCACGAUGGAAAAAAGUUGGACUUGUCAUGUCAUUUGCGACAAUGAUUAGCGAGGAGGCAGCUGCUACUCAUACAGAGGUUGUCAUAGAUGACAUAGAGAAUUCAGAUGAGUUGAUAGCACCAGUUAACAGAGCUAUCCAAGAUGGCAAAGGUCAGCAGGAGUUUGGGGAGCAUCUCAAAGCUCGCAUCGCGGACCAUGACAGGGACAUCGAGAGGAUGUGUAACUUCCAUUACCAGGGGUUCGUAGACAGUGUCGGUGAGCUUCUACAUGUCAGGGCACACGCAAAGAAACUCAAGGAUGGGGUGCUACAAACCAACCAAUCGUUGCAGAAGUCUGGUAAUCCGGUCAUUGAGAAGGCAGAAGAGUUACAUACAACAAGAACUACGUUACGGAACAUCACUGCAACGGUCGAUCAUCUUCAAACAUGCCUGCCAGUUCUGGAGAUGUACUGCAAACUGAAUGAUCAAAUAGAAAGCAAGAGGUACUAUCCUGCCCUGAAGACCUUAGAGCAGCUUGAACACACCUACCUGCCGAGGGUGAGGCGGUAUCGCUUCUGCGAGCGUAUGGCAGACAACAUUCCUAUGAUCAGACAAAACAUCAAGGAGGCUUCCAUGAGUGAUCUGAAAGACUUCCUGGAGAGCAUCCGCAAGCAUUCAGACUGGAUCGGGGAGGAGGCCAUGAAGCAGGUUCAGAAGAGAAGUGCACUUGAGACGUCAGCCUUCAGUAGAGCUAGACAUCGGACUGUCAAGGCCGAGUCACCGCUCACCGAAGCUGACAAGGAUUCAGUGGGAGACUUCAUGUUUGAGGAAGAAGAAGUUGUGUUACAGGAUUUGAAGGCGCGGGCAGAAUUCGCAAAGUACGCUGCGCGGCCACGAAGGCUGGCCUCGCGGCGGAUUACAUUCGAUUUUGAGGUGAGCCCGCAGGACAAGGUUGACUUCUCUCCGGUUUACCGUUGUCUACACAUCUACUCUGUGCUUGGUGAGAGAGAAGUGUUUGAGAGUUACUACCGCAAGCAGAGAACGAAGCAGUCCAAACUUGCCAUCCAACCUCAGGGUAACACGUAUGAUUCGUUAGAUCACUACAAGAAGUACUUUCAUCAGAUACUAGGGUUCUUUGUUCUAGAAGACCAUGUAUUAAGUACUACAGAGGGCUUAGUUACAAGAGAAUACCUAGAUGAUCUAUGGAACACCGCAUUAUCAAAGAUUGGAAGCACACUAAGAAAUAAUUCAGCAAUAUGCACUGAUGCAACACUGUUACUACACAUCAAGAACCUGGUAGUCCUCUUUGUACAGACAGUAAAUAGCUAUGGAUUCAACACCACAACUCUAACCGAGUUCCUUCUGGAUCUCAAGGAUCAAUACAAUGAAAUCCUCAUGAAGAAAUGGGUCCAAGUCUUCAGGGAUAUAUUUGAUGAGGAUAACUACACUGCUAUGGCAGUGAACUCUGAGGCAGAGUACCUUGACCUUAUCAGGUCAUUCCCAUUCAGAGACGAGAAGAUUGAUAAGGCACCAUACCCACGCAGGCUGCCAUUCUCAGAGUUUGUCCCCAAGGUCUACAGACAGAUCAAGGAGUUUAUCUAUGCAUGUCAUAAGUUCUCUCAAGAUCUUCACCUGACACAGACAGAGAGAGAUGAUAUGAUCAGGAAAUCAACCAACGUUCUCCUCACCAGGACACUCAGCGGAUGCCUCAAUGCUCUUAUACGAAAGAGAUGUCUCGGGCUCACAGAGCUGGUUCAAGUCACUGUGAAUACCAUCCACCUAGAGAAUGCUUGUAAAUAUCUGGAGGACUUCAUCUCAAAUAUCACAGGGACAACGGGAGACAACAUUCAUGCAGCUGGUCUGCAAAGCACCAAUAUCUUCAGAGAUGCCAGGAGUGAAGCAGAGCUCGAGAUCUACAGGAGACUCAAUGAGAAGGUGGAUGAGUUCUUGGAGCUGGCCACCUAUGACUGGUCAUUGGAUGAAUCCGCAGGGAGAGCUAGUGGCUACAUCAUUGACAUCAUCCGCUUCUUGGAAGGCAGCUUCAAGGCAUUCAAUCAUCUACCGUGUGGUAUGAGGGUUCCUGCUCCCACUAGUAAGAGAAGUGACACGUCAUGUAUUUUGGAUUUUGUGGGGAAGGUAGCACAGACAGCAUGCAUGUCCACCUGUAAGCACUUGGCUUCUUCGCUCAUGUACUUCUUACUGGACUCCAACACCAGGUUUGUUUCCAUGGGGGCCAUUCAGCAGUUCAGCCUUGACGUCAUUCAAUGUGAACAGUUUGCCAAUUCUGAGCCCGUUCCUGGUUUCCGUGACGGAGCUCUUCAAAUGGUAUUCUUAGAGCUCCGGCAACUGCUUGAUCUCUUCAUGGCUUGGGACUGGUCAUCUUACUUUGCUGACUAUGGUCAGUCUACGGGAAAAUACUACAGAGUCAAUGCUCAGACUGCCAUUAACGUCUUAGAGAAAAUGCGAGAUACAGACAAGAAGAAAAACCUCUUCACAACAUUCAAGAAGAACGAGAGAGAUCGCAAGAAGCUCAUGGACACUGUCCUGAAGCAGCUCAAAGCUCUGGCGCCCUCUAUCAACAACAAGUAGGCAUGCACAAGGUCAAAGGUGAAGUCCUCCCGAUGCAUUCCUGCCGUGCAUGCAAUCGAUCAGGAUCGCAAAGAGAAGUAAGA